AUGGACGAAACUUCACUUAUAAGUGAACAGAUCCAGGAGAAUAAAAAACGUAUACUUAAGUUGUCAAGAGAUUUUCGUCUCAAAGCAACACAACUUUACCUGAAAAUUGUUAAAGAAGAAUGUAAACUUCAACAUAAAAAACUUGAAAAAGUUCUCAAUGAUUUUCUUCAACAUGAAGUACAAAAAACACCCUCAUCCUCACCAACAUUUGGUAGAGUUGAUGAAAGAGAUGAUGAUAAUAGAAAACACUUUGAUGUUCAUAGUGAUAAAGAAGAUGAUGACGUUGAUGAAGUUUUUACUCAAAGAAAAGCACCUCCAUCGCCAGCAUCGUCAUCAUCACAAAGACGAAGGGCGUGA